CUAGUACAUGUAAAAAGGGCAAGGAACUAGAUGAAGCAAUCGAAUUCCACAAGAAUGAAUUACAAUAUUUUCCUUACUACUGAUGUUGCCGUAGGUCGAAGCCGAAUCGAGUAACAUCGUCAUCACGACUACUGUUUUUAGAGUGGCGGACUAGUAGGAAAUAUGACUUAAGUAGAAAGUAGAGCAACUUCCUUAUUAUACGCUAAAGAACUAAAGAGAAGACUUUUUUCUGACAUACUUAGAAAGAACAACGUUCUAAAGAAGUGAGCACAACUUGCACGACUUGUAGAAUCUAGCACGAGGAUCAAGAAGGAUGUCAGAAGUCAGUCCUCUCAUUUACUCUGAUGAGGAUGAUGUUGAGGCUGGUAGAGGCGGUCGUGGUCGUCGUCGUGGUGGUGGCAACAAGAAGAAGGAGCCUUGUUCUUGUAUGCCAUUCUGGGCAAAGAUCUUCGUUGUCGGUUCUGUCUUAUGGCUAUUGCUAAAGCACUGACCACAACUUCCUUCUGACAUUCUUAGAAAGAACAACUAGUACGUAGGAAUUAUGACAUUUGAGUUUAUGUAGAAAGUUGACGAAAGAAGAAGACCGACUAAUAAUCUGGAAAGGUAUUACUCCCCCCUGCUAAUAUUAGAGCAUGACACUAGAAGUUGGGGCUCUUUUUUAUCUUGAAAUAGAAAAGGACAUUACAGGGAGCACUCCGUUCUAAGGUAGUACUUCGUUCUAAAAUACGUACACAUGAUUUAUUCUUGAUUUAAAAUCAACUAGGCUCCAAAGUAUGUAGCUGUUUUCUUGAAAAUUAAAGAAGCGCUUCCAAAGAAAAAGUUUAAUUUCUUGAAAAGUCGAAAGUAGAGACCACAACCUACCGCUGACAUAGCCUUAACAUGGAAGACAACAAGAUAACAUGUAGAGUCUAACUGUGGCGAUCAUUUCGACUACUGCCUUGGUCUUUAUCCUCCUGAGGAAAGGAGCCGGAAACGAAGCCCCGAAGGAAGUCGAAAGCAAAAAGGCCUCCUUACGGUCAGCGUUUGAGUUUAUCCAUCUUUCUGCUGCUCAGCAUAAGUACCCCAAGCAGUUCUUUCUGCUCAGCAUAAGUGCCAUAGACGGCAUUUCAGCAUCUCGAGAAAGACUCAUGAUCCAAAAUUUGAUAAAGUGACUAUUCUCAUAUAGACGGUUUUGAAACAUUCUUAUUGAUCUGACUCUUAUGUAACUAACCUCCUCCCAUAGCAGGUCUUUGAUUCCCCAUCAUAUUUUCUUUUAGAGGUGUGCUGCAGAUCUUGACUGGCUUUCACCUUUUGGUGAAGGUUUAGGCCCUGCGGCGCUCAAAGCACUAAGUAAGACAACCGGUUAGUUUUCACCUCGACAAUAUUAGGGUUAUCCCGUGCAACACCAUAGACGGAAUUCCAGCCUAGACGGUUGUAUUAGUUCUCAAGUUAGUUCUGCUACUUCAUAGUUUUCGGAUCUUUGUUGACUUUUUCUCCAGCCACCUAUGAGUAGAGUGAGGUUUUGGUAGCCGAUUACUCAUCCAGAGUUUAGAUCACGUCGACGCCCGAAUUUCACAUCUACUCUAGAAAGUCGCCAUGCUCGUUUACUACACAUCAGCCAACAUGGAAUCGACUGGGAUGAAUAGAAGUAGGUGACUCUAAAAACCUCCACGGCGAAGACCUCAACGAAAGACGCUGCUGCCAAACCUGACGCUGCUGCCGAAUCUGAAGAAUCCGAAGAAGAUCACGAUCCGAACGUGUACUUAAUAAUCAAUGAAGAUGUUCCUUGUUCGGUAGAUGAUUGAAGUAUACUAGUAUGUAUUGUAUAUAACUAGUAGGAACUAUGGAUCUAGUUGGAGUCAUUUUGUCCUCCGUAGAGAAGGUAGAUCGCAGUUGUUGUUGGUGUUGUUGUUGUUGUGGAGUCGUUGUGAAAUGAAGAACGGAAACUAUGUACGAAGUGGGAGGCCGUGCUAUCUUCAAAAUCAACAAAAACCAAUGCUAGCUUUAGAAAAUAGGUAGAUACCAUAAUGUUGAGACAUGAUACUAGCCGUUGUUGAUAUUAUUUAUAUUGAGACAUUGCCGUUGUUAAGAUAUCAUAAUGAGAAAUAGCCGUUGUUAAGAUACCAUAAUGAGAAAUAGCCGUUGUGAAGAUACCAUAAUGAGACAUAGCCGUUGUUAAGAUACCAUAUUUUGCAUAAUGAGACAUAGCCGUUGUUAAGAUACCAUAAUGAGACAUAGCCGUUGUUGAUAUUAUUGAUAAUAGGAUCUUACACUUCCUACUUCUAAAUUAGGAUAUUGGAUCAAUUAUCAGCACCUUAAAAACUCGACAAAUGACAGGAAGAAACUGCAGGCCUACCUGGAUCGUCCUGCCGAGUCUAAAGUAAGAGAUUCGGUGGCUCCCACAGGUUCUUAUUCCUUUCUUAAGGUCGGUGUAAAAGUAAAUAAAUAUGUUGUCAGUAGCCACUGAAGUCUGCUGGUUUAUCUAGUGGACCCACACCUAACCUAACCUAACAGACAAUGAAAGAAGAUGAAUUUGAUCUCUACUGCGAAAAUUAUUUGACCACGAGUAGUACUAGGGUUGUGAUCUACUUCUUUGAUAAUCAAAAAAAAAAAAAUUGCAUGAAGAAAAGUAAUCGUCGUCGUCGUCGUCCUCUAAUGGUAACGCGGGCCCUGUUAUAAGAAGUAGCAACGAGAUACGGGAAUCGAAUCGGCGAACUGAGAAGAAGGAAAAUCUGAAGAAACAGGUGAAGACAGGUGGGCGCUUUGCUCCUAUCGCUGAUGGCAAAAUUCGCCAGUACAAUAAGGAGGAAGAUAAAUUCAUUUACACUGGUAUAAUUACAUGGGCAGUAUGAUUUGUGGUUGUCAUGGGCAGUUUCGCGACAUUUUCACAUGACAGAGAAAAGAAAUAUUUAGAGACAGAAACCCUAGAAGGUAGGCUCAUCAGCAGCCAACCGCGCUAGUAGACCCACAUUUAACGUAGUUGGCUCUACCCCAAGAAUCAAUAGUUCCAUUUGUAUGCUCUUGUCACUUUAUCAGGGUUCUUCUCCAUUUUAUCAGGUUUUAGCGAUGAUACGGACUUCGAGGUGUUUGCUUCCCCGCCGCAGGAGUACAACCUGCCAGAGCAUGAGAAGUUAAGGUCACUAUAUUAUAGAUAAGUACGUGUGUUCUACAGGUCACCAAAUACAAUUAUUUGUUGAUGAAGAGGCGUCUAGUCUGAGGUCGUUGCACUACAGAUUGAGUAGCCUCCUGCUGCAAUUGCUCAGUUAUUGUGGCUGGGAGUAUUCUGGAGGCCUUAUAACAGAGUAACUAAGGAGCUGCCCCUUUUCCCCUUGAAAGUCUAUAGGUAAGAGGGGGGCCUCGAUGGUCUGCAGCUAGAGGGGAGAAAAACCGCCACUCAUACAAUUCGUCUCAAGUUGAUGCUGAUAGGUUUGCAAUUACCUUUUUUGAACAUCGUGGGAGGCACGCUGUGAGGACCGCAUGCUCAGUCCCACCGGGGGCGGCUUGGUAGACCACAUAGCCGAGACAUGACAUGGCGUGAGGUCUCAGGGACGUUUCUUUCUAAUAAACGCAGGCCUCAAUCUCAGUGGUUUUUAAGGAUCUAAUUCUAACUCAAUCACUCUCUCACUGGUCGUUUAGUAAAUUCUAACUCAAUCUUCACUCUCUCACCAAGUAGAAGUAGAAACAGCCUCGUGCUUACUCACAAUAAGUCAAACACGAGGUCAGAGCCUCCAAGGAUCAUGAGUUCUGCUACUGAUACUAUGGGAAUACUGUUCCCAUACUAUACUCCUAAGUUCGUGAGGGUCCAUAACCUAACCUAACCUAGCCUAGCCUUCUUGUGCUAGGAAUAGCGUACGUGUAGGGGAGACUGUAAAUGUAGUGUAGUCCAUACUAGAGCCAAUGCACCGCUUUCUUCCCAUCACCUCUGCGGGUUGGAUAUCCCUCCCUGCAGCUCUAAGGUAUCAUGCCGUUUUUGCGUUGUAAAGCAGCGAAAAUCGAUGAACGAGACUGGGACUACAUUGGAGAAGCAGGGAAGGAGCACGAUUCUGGUCGCCGCGCCACGUGCACGGUGGUGGUUUCCAAAUGGGAUCCAGAAACUGUGGAGCCCGUCGGCGAGUCUCAUUAUGAGGAAGGACAACAAUAGAUCAACUACAGUAGAUGUUGAAGACGCAUCAGUAGUCCUGUAGGACAUGACUGUAGGUGGAAAGCUAUGCUGUCAACGCCAUGUGGAGUCUAAACUUAUAGAGCAAAGCGCUACUACUCCACAUGAUGGGGACAGCAGUCCCAAGACUACUACUUACAUCAUCGAAGUAGCCCGUGACACACAAAGAUCUACGUAGAUCUGGGCGUCACAAGUAGAUGAUGUCCAUUGAUGAUGCCGAUUACUCUAUGUCUAUAUCCUAGGAUAAGUCCUGACUUGCUUGCACCCAUGUGAUCGGCCUUACACGACUAAUUUACCUUCUCUAAGGUAAAAAACAAAAAGCAAACCAUCGAGUGAGUGUUAGUGUUUAAAACUCUGCUUCUAUUAUGUCCUUACACUAUUGAAAUAAAUUAUGUCUUUACACUAUUUACUUAUGAAUUAUUAUUAUUUGUCUUUCCAAGUACAACACUAUUUACAUAAAUGUCUUUAAUACACUCACUAUUUAUUUGAAUGUCUUUACAUCUACUUAGACUUGGUAAGUGGUUUCUUGGACUAUCUAAGGUUAAUAAGAAGGCUAUUCCUAUUCAAUAUUUGUAUCUACUUGAUACUACAUCUACUCACAUACAGAAGAUUGGAUCAUCUCACCAUCAUGUGAUCAUACGAAGAACACCAAGUGGUCCCUCGCUUCUGCCUCUAAGUUGUCUUAUGGAGGUGGCCAGCUUACGCGAACAUGUUGGCGUUUGACUUCAGAGAUGAACGCAAAAUGUGGCUGAGUACGAUGGCACGACUCGUGGAAGAGCUAGAAUUAAGGCGGACACUCCUGUUACUCGUCGAAAAAAAAGUAUCUGUAUCAAUCUAGCUGUCUAGCUAUCUACCCAUCAGGAGGAUCAUUAGAAGGCAACAGAUCUUCAUAGCAGCAAAACCUGUGAUUAAAGACACAACAAAGACUUUCACUCCUUGUACUACCUCCUGGGAUUAAAAAAGUCAUGAGUUGCAGUAUGCAGGUUACCCCUGUAGAAGCCGAGUCAAUUUGUAGCCUAUCCAAGCAUCGAUCCUAUCCUGUCCUGUCCUAUCCAAGUAUCUCUCCUAUCCUAUGACUGGAGAGGAAUUUGGAGUAGCGUUUGGAUUAACGUGAAUGUAGUAUCCUGUGGUCCUGUCCUAUCGUAUUUCUUCGCUAACAGCUAGCACAGAGUCGACAUUGUUCAGGGGUAAAAAAUCAAUGCCGGGUGGUGUCCGCAUCGAGACGAACCAAUACCGUGGACGGGAUACGGUUUUUAAGUUCGCGUUGUACCAUUCGAAAGCUGCGCCGCCGGUGGCGAGUGCGCCCGAAAAGACCUUUACGACGACAUUCCAAAAUAUAUAUCAACAUGAGCACUCACCGGAGGCAUUGCGCAGGGCUUCGGCCUGUCUUCGACGGUGAGAGCUCUGGGGCUGACAGGACGACGAUAGCGCAGGCGCUUAGUUAGUUUUACCAGAUAAGAACGCACUUGAUAGAAGCUAGCCUAUUCUUUUUUCUACCUUCCUCUGGUUUUUCUUUUUCUAGUUAGGUCUGCUCCGCCACGAAUAUAGGGUAUUAGUAGCAUACUAGGAUACUAUUUCCUCGAUAAUCAUACUAGAGUACAACAAAAUAAGUACUGCAGCUCUAAGAGUAGUUUUUGCUUCAACAAUAGUAUGCAUCCUUUCUUCUAAUAUUUGGUACGUCACACCGCUUACCGACGAGAUGCCUGAGAGGAAAUACACGCAGGUGACCUUGAACAAGGGACACGACAUCCUAGAAGUCGUUCCGGAAACACGCUGGUUAUGUUGUUGGCCAUGAUGUUGAGAUUAUUUUUAUAUUGAUUGUCGUCUCAAAAUUUAUAGAAAAAAUGAAUCUGGGUACUGUACUAGGUGGAUCCCUUCGUAUCCUAUCCUAUCCCAUCCUAAUAUCGUUAAUGUGUUUAUAGUAGUAGUACUUGUUAACUCAUUUGUUCUGAUUCUACUAACAUUAUUGCUAGGUAAAUGAAUGAAUGAAUUGUUAUGUAGACAAGGUGUGCAUGGCGUUGCAUUAUGCACGCAAGGUGAACAAAAGGAGCAUUCUUGUUCUGCAUAGUUUAUCAUUAGAAUCUCGUCUGCGCACCAUAGUUUUCAUCAUCCUCAUGACCUAAUGAGCCUUUUGCAUCCCAUGAGCCUUCAUCAUUCUGGUGACCUCAUGAGUCUUCAUCAUUCUGGUGACCUCAGCCCUCAUCAGUCUACUCAAAGAAGUUGUAAGAAAGUCAAGGUCUUCUUCUAAUUAAUGAUAAGAAGGAACUCCCUUAUCAGUCUACUCAAAGAAGUUGUAAGAAACGAUAAGAAUGCAGUACUUAUCAGUAGAGAGAGAGAGAAGAAUGCACAACUUGCACCACCUCCCGCUAGGCACAUUCAUUCAUUCACUCACUCACUCAGUUAGAGAAGAACAACUCCUGGCACUAAUGCACUACUGAUUAUCAGAGAAGAUUACCACUACUUAUCAGAGAAGCAAGUCUUUGUCUAAUAAAUGAUAAGAAGAGCAUUUCCAAGGAGGAAGCACGUUGCAGCGAUGGCACCCACGGUUGCUACGGAAAUUUGGGCAGUUUUAUUCGCUUUGCUCCCCUUGCCUUCGUGGAGGAUGUUUUCGAGACCUUGGGAGACAUUUUGCAUAAUACGGCUCCUGAAGGAUUCUACUUGUUAGAGAAUAUAUUGAUAACUACGUACGAUUUAUAUUCUCGUACAUCAGGAGAGUACAUUGAUUACUCAAGGCUUAACCUGUGGACGGUACGGGUUUAACCUGGAGACGUUCGUCUCGCUGACAGGUCAGAGCGUCCCUGGGAGGGUGCUCCUCUGGAUCGACCUAGAGUAGCUGCUCCUCUGGAUAAAGUCAGAAUUUUUUCAAAGCCCAGAGGAGCUCCUACUCUAAGUUUAUAAUUGAAAUACACUGGUUCCAGAGGAGCUGCUAACUGAAAUAGACUGGUUUCAAUUCGUUCAAAGUCCAAUGCCCUAAUCUGCUGCGCUCGGACGGCACUUUGCUGGGGACCUUCAAGGAGUUGAAGAUGGCGUCACUCAAAAAAGAUCCUUCUACGGGGAAGGCUGCGCAGGAGCUAUACGAAAAAGCGGACGUUUUUUUAAGGAAACUAGAAGUACUUGGCUUAAUUGAUUAAUGUGAAAUCUAUUUGGUUGCUUUGAUUAUCAUUAUCUAGGUAUACCUAUGCGAAAAGCACCACACAUUGUCUCAAGAUCAUUGUGUAGGUUCCAUACAAAAAUAAGAGCUGGCGUAGGUUUUUCAGGGACUAUUGUAUGUUUGAUUAUCUAGCGAUACGAAAUAGCUGGCGUAGUUUUUUUAGGGGGGGCGUUCGUUCAUAACUUCCAUCUAGUAGCGUCUCUUAGACGAUUAAACUGAAUCGUGACAGAGACGCAUGGGGGACAUUAUAUUUAGUAGUAAACGACCUUCCCUCGCCUCUCUACACGACCGCUCCCCUCUCCUCUCUACGCGGCCGCUCUCCUCUCCUCUCUGCACGACCGCUCUCCUCUCCUCUCUACACGACCGCUCCCCUCUCCAUUUUACACGACCGCUCCCCCCUCCUCUCUACACGACCGCCCCCCUCUCCUCUCUACACGACCGCUUCCCGCUCCUCUCUUCACGACCUCUACUCCUUUGUCUGCUCUAAUCUGUGGGACUAACGGCGGUGGAGUAAAUUGGCUCCAUAUCCGUGUCGGUGCGACCAAGCAAAGCUCCGAGGAGAGAGCAAAACGAUAUUUUGUAUCGCCAUUUCGGUUCAAUUAAGGCUAGUAAAUCACUAUUAUUUUCGCAUUCCCACUAUUUAUCGUUUGACUGACUCCCUGGUUGUAUCGUUUACCUCACAAGUCGUCACGGGGAAUUCAAUUGACAUACUCAAACAGGGAUAAUCCGUUGAAAGAACAUCAGGGAUAGUGAUUGCCUUUGACUGGCGUUAAUUUAGGCCGGAUGCGGAUCAUGGAUAGAGCUAGAAACAAGUUGGCAAACUUAAUUCUAGAGGGGUUACAAGUGGUGGAGGGGACAGGAGGAGCAGCCGGGAGGGACUUGGAAAUAGUCGAGGAAGACACUGUAGAGUAGGUUGUUUGCAUGUUAUUCGAAUUCAAAAUUGUUGCGAUUCACAUGAUAGUCGUAUUGGUAUUAGAUUCAUGAAGAUGAAAUUGAAGUGAACUCCAGCGGUUGAAGCAUACACAAUACUGUUACUGAUACAUAGAGAGUUCGUUUAUUGAGACUGCGUUGGUUUACGUACAUGUAAUGCAAUUGAUUUUUUUGUGAAUUGAAAGUGAAUGUUGGAGUGAAGAAUCCCACCUAACGUUGAAUCCAGGAUGCAAGAUACAAAGUAUAAGUUACUGCAUCGUCGCAAGUCACAACAGGAACACUAAAAAGGACUGAUGAAGAAUCGAAAUCGAAAUCCUCGAAGAAUUACCGUCAGGGGUUGGCUGAUGCCCGGGCUGCUCUGCGUAAGAGGAUGAUAAUACCUAGAAGUAGAGCAUCACGAUACAUAGUUACACCUAGAAUUGUCAUACUUGGGUCCACAUGCUGUCUGAAUCUUGGUUUAAUAUCCACACCAAUUUAUAUUUUGAUUCAAGCAGUAGUAGACGUAGCAAAAAAGGCUUACAGAUUUUCAAUCUCCCCCAACAAGAAAUCCAAGAAAUACCAUAAUACUACAGCAGAUAACCGCACAUAGACGAAAAUGUACAUAUUCAACAUACGGACAUGAUACCCGUGACUACAGUGUAGCUUUUCUACACUCGACAACACUUUCAUCGACAAAUGAAUUGACUGAUACCCAUGAAAGACCCGACGAGACAUCUGAGACUCGUGUGUUAUAAAUAUCCAAGCUGAUCGAUGAAGAUGACAACGAACAGAAUUACUAUGUGUUGAGAACAAGCUACUAAGGGUAUGAUCACUUGAGGCGCAAUGAAUGAAUG